CAGGACGGACGGUGAAACAGGCGGACGGAGAGUGAGACAGGCAGACAGACAUACAGGCAGGCAGACAGACAGACGGACAGACAGACAGGUGUCUCUCUCAGCAUCUCUCUCCUCCGGGCCGUGCCGGGCCGUUCCGGACUCCAUGGGGGACAGCAUGGCGGAGACCCGGGUCAUCUACCACUUGGAGGACCAGGAGACCCCCUACCUGAUUCGGAUCAACGUGCCCGCGCAGCGCGUCACCCUGGCGGAUUUCAAACAGGUCCUGAACAAACCGAACCUAAAAUUCUUCUUCAAGUCGGUGGACGACGACUUCGGAGUCGUCAAAGAGGAGAUCAGUGACGACAACGCCAGGCUGCCCUUCAUCAACGGAAGAGUGGUCUGCUGGCUGGUGUCUUCAGAAACCUGUCAGUCAGACUUCAGGGGUUCAGACCUCCAGUCUAUAGCCACGCCCACCAGCCUGGCCCCACCCCCCAUAGAGAGGACAGGUGUGAUCGGAGACUCCAGACCGCCCUCCUUCCAUCAGGACGAGCAGCAGGGGUCAGAGGUCAGAGUCGUCUCUCCAGCAGAAGAAGAACGAGGCGGGCGUCUGAAUGGCCACGCCCCCCGACCAGCUGAUCAGAACGGGGCGGGGCCAGCAGGAGGUGACAGCUCGUCAACACCACAGAGCAGCCAAUUAGAGACGACAAGCUUCUGUUCAUCAGAGGAAGACUCAGGAGGAAGGUUCAGCCAAUCAACAGGCCGCAGCAGCUCCUCGCCGAGACUCGUCCGGCGCCAACGACGACGCCACCGGAGACACAAAACACAACCACGCAUGGAGAGGUCUGUGUCUUUCAGCAGUGUCACCGACUCCACCAUGUCCCUGAACGUUGUCACAGUAACUCUGAACAUGGAGAGGUAUAACUUUCUGGGGAUCAGUAUCGUGGGUCAGAGUAACGACCGAGGAGACGGAGGUAUUUAUAUCGGCUCCAUCAUGAAGGGAGGAGCUGUAGCUGCUGACGGACGCAUCGAACCUGGAGACAUGUUACUACAGGUGAACGACAUCAACUUUGAGAACAUGAGUAACGAUGACGCCGUCCGAGUCCUGAGAGAGAUCGUCCACAAACCAGGUCCAGUCACGUUAACGGUGGCAAAGUGUUGGGAUCCAAACCCCCGAGGCUGCUUCACCCUGCCACACAGUGAGCCGGUACGUCCCAUCGACCCCGCCGCCUGGGUGUCUCACACCGCUGCCAUGACAGGGAGCCUCCCGCCGCACUACGGCGUGCAGGAGGAGAACCAUCUCACAAUCCACAGUGACAUGACGGCAGUGGUGAAGGCCAUGGCCAAUCCUGAGUCCGGCCUGGAGGUCCGUGACCGGAUGUGGCUGAAGAUCACGAUUCCCAACGCCUUCAUCGGUUCUGAUGUGGUGGACUGGCUGCACCGGAACGUGGACGGGUUCACCGACCGCCGUGAAGCUCGCAAGUAUGCCGGGAACCUGCUGAAGGCCGGGUACAUCCGCCACACGGUCAACAAGGUGACCUUCUCCGAACAGUGCUACUACGUGUUCGGGGACCUCUGUGGAGAUGUGUCCGUUCUGACUCUGCUGGAUCCUGAAGACGACUCCAGAGGGUCAGACUGUGAGCCGCCGGCCCCGGCCCCCCAGUGGCCCCCGGCCUUCUCCUACCAGUACCCGGUGCCGGGUCCCUACAGCUCGCCACCCCCCCCUCCCCCUGCUGGGGGGCAGUCAGCACAGUGAAGGAAGUCGCAGCAGCGAGUCAAACUGCAGCAACGGUCUGAAGAAAGGUCGGCGAGGCAGCCAAUCAGAGCCAAGCAGACAGGAAGUGAGAGCGUCUUCCGACGAGCCACACGGUGCAGAUUCCCCCGGCGAUGCCCUG